GGGUGGCUUGGGCCGCCUGACCCCGAGGGGCUAUGGCUGUUGCGGGUUCCGUGAAGGCGGCGUUGCAGGUCGCGGAGGUGCUAGAAACCAUCGUGAGCGGCUGCGUGGGGCCCGAGGGGCGGCAAGUUCUGUGUACGAAGCCCACGGGCGAGGUGCUGCUCAGCCGGGAUGGAGGCCGCCUCCUGGAGGCGCUGCACUUAGACCAUCCCAUAGCCAGGGUGAUGGUGGCAUGUGUUUCCAGUCAUCUAAGAAAAACAGGAGAUGGUGCUAAGACAUUUAUUAUCUUUCUUUCCCAUUUGCUCAGAGGACUUCAUGCAGUCACAGACAAAGGAAAAGAUUCUUUGAUUUUGAAAAAUAGUCAAACCCAUAGAAGGCAUUGGAAAAAUUGUUGUCAGUGGAAACGUAUUUCCCAAGCUCUUCUAACGUUUCAGACACAAAUAUUAGACUAUGUUAUGGACCAACACUUAAGUAGACACUUUUUGUCCAUCUUUUCUUCAUCCACUAAAGAGAGAACAUUGUGUAGGAGCUCUUUAGAGUUGCUCUUAGAAGCAUACUUUUGUGGAAGAGUGGGAAGAAAUAACCACAACUUUAUUUCACAAUUGAUGUGUGACUACUUUUUCAAGUGUGUGGCUUGUGAAAGUGGGUUUGAAGAAGUAUUUGACUUAGUGGAUGACUGUUUUGUAGAGCUGACCAUUGGUGUCACUGGCCUUCCUGUUUCAGAUUCCAAGAUCAACGCAGGGCUUGUGCUUUGCAGAGACUUUUCUGUGUACUGUCCAGCAGAUGGUGAUAUAAGAAUAGUGCUAGUAACAGAAACCAUCCAGCCUCUCUUUUCAACUUCUGGAUCAGAGUUUAUUCUAAAUUCAGAGGCCCAGUUUCAGACAUCUCAAUUCUGGAUUAUGGAAAGGACAAAAGCAAUAAUGAAACGUUUACAGAGUCAGAAUGUAAAAUUGCUCCUAUCUAGUGUGAAACAACCAGACUUAGUUAUUUAUUAUGCAGAAUUGAAUGGCAUAUCAGUGGUGGAAUGUUUAUCAUCUGAAGAAAUUUCUCUUAUUCAGAGGAUCAUUGGUCUUUCCCCAUUUGUACUGCCACAAGCCUCUUCACAGUAUGAAAUCUCAAACACUGCUUCUGUGAAAUUUUGUAAGCCCCUUAUCCUUAGAUCCAAAAGGUAUGUUCAUCUUGGCUUGAUUAGCACAUGUUCAUUUAUACCACACUGUAUAGUUCUUUGUGGACCAGUACAGGGUCUUGUUGAACAACAUAAGGAUGCUUUACAUGGAGCAUUUAAAAUGCUUCGGCAGUUAUUUAAAGACCUUAAUUUAAAUUACAAGACACAAAUCACUGACCAGAAUUAUACAUCAAGUCCUCUUAUUUAUAAGAAUAGAGAAAGUAAUCAGUUGCCAGAAAUUGUUAAUGGCUCAAUACAAAGUCCACAUCAGGGCACAGCUGUAAGGAAAGAAGAUGAACUUGCAAAACCUCAAAAAUAUUUAAAAGUAUAUUCAAAUGUGGUAGUUCCAAGUGGAGAAUUAGAAACAUAUAUUUCAUGUUCAACACCAAAAGUGACACCAGCAGAUACAUACCAGGCAGGUGAAACACUGAGAUGUUUAUCUGCAAACAAAACCAGGAUAAUUGAUGACCAUGAUUCAUUUAUUGAGAGUGAUCCUACUAUUGAUUCAACAGCAGAACACUCUAGAAUAGAAAUUUCUCAUGAAAAUUUGUCGAUCAUAAAAUUUGCUAGAAAGGGAAGUAUGUUACCAGUGAGAUAUAAGUCACUGGAGAUGGGUACUUCCCAGAGUUACUAUUUCUCAUCUAUAUCAGCAGGUUGUGUUUUGCCAGUGGGUGGUGAUUUUGAGAUCUUGUUACAUUACUAUCUUCUCAACUAUGCCAAAAAAUGCCAGCAAUCAGAAACAACCAUGGUUAGUAUAAUAAUAGCUAAUGCACUGUUAGGCAUUCCCAAAAUCCUAUAUAAAGCUAAGAAAGGAAAGCACAGCUUUCCGCAAGUAUAUAUUAGAGCUCUCCAUGCACUGCAAACCAAUCAACCCAUGGUAAGCAGUCAGACAGGUUUGGAAUCAGUAUCUGGUAAAUACCAGUUACUAACUUCAGUUCUUCAGUGUUUGACCAAAAUUUUAACCAUUGAUUUGAUAAUCAGUAUUAAGAGACAGCCUCGGGAAAUUUAUGAUCAAGAGUCAGAAGAAGAACUAUGAAGUUGGAAGUUCUUUAUUAAACAGUUAUAAUCCAACUCAAGCCUUAGAGUAAAGUAGGCAUAUGACCACUGACUCUCAAGUCGGUUCAGUCUAGGUAUGAAAACAGCAUAAUUUUAAAAGCCUAGAAGAAAUACACUUAAGAGGCCAGCAGACAUUCAGACACAAAUGUUAGAUUGUUAUGAAACAAUUCUGAGAAUAAAGCCUCGGAUUGAGGGAAGCCAAGAUCUGAUUAAAUGUGUUCAUCCCUCCUUAAUAUUCCUAUGUUUCAGCUCUUAGUCUGUGUCUUCAGGGGGAGGGAGUUUCUUUAGAGCUCCUUUUUUUUACUUUAUCUUUUUUCACUGUCUUUUUCUCUAUUCCCGUGCAUUUCUGUAUUUAGUUCAUAGAAUUAUUUAAUCUCAGAUUUGGAUGAGGUCUUCUA